CGAACAGACUGGAUACAUCAACCAUGAACAUUACUUGAUACUCUAUAGAGGUCUUGUUAUGGCUCCCAAGAUAUUAUGCGUCGCAGAGAAACCUAGCAUGGCUAAGGCAGUGGCACAACACCUGUCCGGAGGUUCUAUGCAAGUAACAUCAAUUAGAGGCAAUCAAUAUGUCAAGAACUAUCAAUUUGACUUCAACUUUGGUGGUCGUUGGGGCCGCUGUGAAGUAAUCAUGACCUGUGUCCUAGGCCAUUUGACUAAACUGGAUUUCGAUCGCCAACUUAACGGUUGGGCUUCUUGUCCACCUGGCAUUCUUUUUGAUUCCCCUGUUUAUGAGGUUCUGGAUGCUAGCACGGAGCCGAUUGCAGAAAAUAUUCGACAAAAAGCAAGGUUUUGCAGAGCUCUGUUCAUAUGGACAGACUGUGAUCGGGAGGGAGAGCAUAUCGGUACAGAAGUUCGGUCCCAGGCAUUAAGAGGGAAUGCCAGGAUUGAAGUUAAAAGGGCUAGAUUCAGCAAUACGGAGAGAGUGCAUAUUCUACAGGCUGCCCGAGCACCUGUCGACCUCGAUGAAUACAAGGCCAACGCGGUAGCCGCGAGAAUAGAGCUUGAUCUUCGAAUUGGCGCUGCAUUUACUCGUUUACUAACUCUUAAUCUAAAAAAUUCAGCUCCAGCUUUAAACGAAAAGAUCAUUAGCUAUGGAUCCUGUCAAUUUCCCACUUUAGGGUUUGUGGUCGACCGAUAUCUUCGAGUAAAGAAAUUCAAGCCGGAAAAGUUUUGGACAAUCAAGGUAAUGCAUCUCCAAGAUGGGAUUAAGGUCAACUUCAACUGGCGACGUGUCCAUCUCUUCGACCGAGCUGCCGUUACGGUGAUGCUGGAGCGAUGCCUAGCAGCAAGAAGGGCCAAAGUUACUAGAGUGAACAAAAGGCCUACGAGCAAAUGGAGGCCGUUGCCUUUGACAACUGUUGAUCUGCAGAUGAUGGGAAGUCGAUAUCUUCGCCUGAACGGUAACGAGAUUAUGAAGGUGGCCGAGUCACUCUACACUAAAGGUUUCAUAAGUUACCCACGAACGGAAACAGACCAGUUCGAUAAAGAGAUCGAUCUUAAGAAAUUAAUUGAGAAGCAACUCCCCGACAAUUCCUGGGGCCAGUACGCUCGAGGUCUCCUCAGCGGUAACUUCAGGACUCCUCGAUCAGGCAGCCAUAAUGACCGUGCCCACCCCCCGAUCCAUCCGGUUUGUUGGGUUUCCCAGACCCAGCUGACCGCGAACGAGAAGAAAGUCUACGAAUUCGUCGUCCGGCGAUUCCUAGCCUGCUGCUCUGACGACGCCAAGGGAGAGAUGACUGAAAUCGACCUUCAAUAUGGCGAUGAGACAUUCCAUGCGCGAGGCCUAGUUGUCCUAGAGAGAAACUAUCUAGAUGUCUAUGUUUACGACAAAUGGGAAAGCAGCCAGCAACUUCCCCACUUUCAGACCGGCGAACUGAUCGAACCUACCGAAGCCAAUAUAGUUGAAGGCAAAACCUCACCUCCAAACCACCUCACUGAGCCAGAACUUAUUGGUCUGAUGGAUGCGAAUGGAAUCGGGACCGAUGCCACCAUGGCCGAACACAUUGCUAAGAUCAAAGAACGCGAAUAUAUCACUACCCGUACCAGGGGGGGCGGUCGCAACGGAGUUGAAGAGUUACUUCCGACACGUCUAGGCAUCGCCCUUAUUGAGGGAUAUGACAACGUGGUUGUCGGGCUCCGCGAUAGCCCUUCAAUGAGCAAGCCGUUCCUCCGCAAGGAGAUGGAAUUGAAUAUGCGGGAUAUUUGUGCAGGCACCAAGUCGAGACAAGAAGUAGUGCAUGAGAGUUUGGAGAAGUAUCACGAAAUAUUCAUUCAUACGAGUCACCGGCUAGACUUGUUGAAGCGUGCAUGUCGGAAAUACCUCGUCGACCGUGCCGUUGCUUAGCUCUUGCUUCUUUAUUCCCUCUGCUUGCUCUUCUCUUCAUACCGAGUGAGAAUUGUCUUGCUAUCGGAUUUACGAUGCCAAUGAUACCCUAUGAAAAGUCAUCUAUUCAUUUCUUUCUCCCGGAUAUGGCCUCGAUUUUUGAAAUUACAACUAGAAUGUGAGUACCUGUGAAAUCGACGCCGAAAAUGACCGCCAGUGAGGCCGUUUACGGCGUCAUUUCCACACGGUGUUUCAGCGACCGGUUGCUGCUUGAAUGGUUUACACAUGUGAUCCGGCCACUAUUCUGCACCUGCCAAGCCCAUUUUUCUUUGUAGUACCGCACCCCAUGCUGUUGGCUUACCCUGUGAACCUCUUCAACUCAUGAUUGAAUUGCUGCUGAAAAUGGCUUCCCUUGCUGCAAAAUACAGCUGCUCUCUGAUUCCUACAGGCUUCCCUGGGUGACUAUAUAAAAUGUCACUUUCUCUCUUCCCCUUGUCUCUUUUUUCUGGCCAUCUCUCUGUCUCUUGUCACGCCUCUUGAUGAACUCUCCUUCCCAACCUAGCCUCAACUGUUGCGAGCACUGCCUUCAAAACUCCCUUUUUCUUUAUUCAUAUUAUAUCUGUUCAUCUCAAUGACACUGUCUCCUCUUCCUCCUGCAAACCCUGACAAGCACCAGUACUGGACUGAUCCUAUCCUGUGUGAGGAGACUUGGACCAGACUUGAGCAUUUCUGAAAUCUGGGAUAGCUUCCCCCUAACUACAAGCCUAGGAAACUUGAAGGUUUUGCAGUUGUUGAAUGGUACUGGCUGUCAGGGCCCUUACCAUGUAGACCAGAACGAGCACGUGAGCUUCCUUAUUUGGAUUAGCGUGGUGCGUGGAUAGGAAUACGCCGUCCAGCUUCACGUAGAUCUCUCCCUUUUUCCUUCCUCUCCAUGCUUGAAGUUCUCGUCGAUAGCUGCCUAGAUAGUUGAAUAGCAUCCUAUUCAUCGUCUAGUUGAGUUCCGUGACACUGGCAAAGACAUUAUGCAUAUUCAAAUAAAGACUAUGUGGAAUAUCUACUGUCAGAAGACAAAGCCAUCUAUAUGAACUUUCUUGACUGGAUGUCAAGGACCUUGUGUGAGAAAAGACUUCAGACCUAUGAUGAAUAUUGGUAGUGCUUGUGCCAAUACUUUGGCUUAUUUGCCUACUAGCCUGUAAAUCAUCAUGUUCAUAAGCAGAUAUGAUGAGUAUGUUUAAGCUUCCUGUUUCAUUCUUACAUCUAGAUACUCAAUAG